CAUCUUUCCUGUCUUUAUCCCAGGUUUUGUUCUACUUUCCUCCCUUCCCUUUAGCACUAUAUAUAUAUACGUACAAGCUCUUUUCCUUUUAGAAAGCUAUGGCUUCAGGCAGAGAAAUCCUCCAUAAGAUGAAGCUGCAUAGACCGAUUUACUGCAGGAAAAAGUACAAGAAAAAGUUGGCUUAGGUUCCACAGCUGAAUCUGGGAAAGGGAAAAGUACGGCGUCAAAGAACAUAAAACAUGGUUAUCAUCUAGUGGAAGGGAAAUCCCUUCAUCCCAUGGAAGACUAUGUUGUUGCAGAGUUUAAGCAUGUUGGUGAUAGCGAGCUUGGUUUGUUUGCUAUAUUUGAUGGUCAUCUAAGCCAAGUAAUUCCUGAUUAUUUGAAGUCACAUUUGUUUGAUAAUAUCUUAAACGAGCCUGACUUUUGGAUCGAACCGGAGAAUGCAAUAAGGAAAGGAUAUCGAAUAACAGAUCAGGACAUAUUGGAGAAAGCAGUUGAUUUAGGCCAAGGGGGUUCAACUGCAGUCACAGCAAUAUUAAUCAACGGCCAGAAGCUAGUAAUAGCGAAUGUGGGUGAUUCUCGGGCUGUUAUCUGCAAGAAUGGUGAGGCUAAACAGCUCUCAGUUGAUCAUGAGCCCACUACAGAAAAGGAAAGCAUUGAAAAUCGAGGUGGUUUUGUGUCGAACUUUCCAGGGGAUGUUGCACGCGUUGAUGGGCAGUUGGCGGUGGCGAGGGCAUUCGGUGACAAGAGCUUAAAGGAACAUCUUAGUUCCGAGCCGGAUGUCACCGUCGAAAUAAUCGACGAUGACACAGAAUUACUAAUAUUGGCAAGUGAUGGUUUAUGGAAGGUCAUGACGAACCAAGAAGCGGUCGAUGCUAUCAGGAACGUUAAGGAUGCUUGGUCCGCAGCAAAGCUCCUAACCGAUGAAGCUGUUAUGAGGAACAGUACGGAUGACAUUUCCUGCAUUGUUGUAACAUUUUAGAGUGGCAUUGGCUUUUCAAAUAAUGUGCAAGCACACUUUGUUAUGCAUAUUUUGUCAUAUCAGAAGCUUUCUCAUACAUAACCAAAAAUGUACUGAAGCUAUUUAAAUGAACUAAAUGAAGAUUCAGAUGUAUCCUACA